ACCACCGGACCCGCACCGCCGCAAAAUUAUGAAACUUUUCUAGGGUUCUUCGUGAAACCCUCGCCGCCCGCUCCCGAAUCCCACCCAAUCCCGUCCCCGUCGGGCCACCGGGGUUCUGAAAUCAGGGUUUAUGCAUGGCCUCGCCCCGCCCGGCGGCGGCGUCGCGAACUGGGAGGAGGCUGCGGCGGCGGGUCCCGCGCCGGCCUCCUCCACCGCCCCCUCCGCCCCACCCAGGUCGAGGUGGGCGUCGCCGAUCAAGGUCUACUACCGCAAGUAUCCCCGCAGAAACCCUAAACCUCCUCCUCCGCCUCCUCCGGGGCCCGCCCCCGAUCUGAAUCCCCUCCCGGAAACCCUAUCCUCGAUUCCUCGACCCAUUCGCUGCCCGGAGGAUGGGGUCGCUGCGGCGGCGCCGAGUUCCACUCCGCCUCCGUUCCCCGACCCAGCGGCGACGAGUUCCACUACGCCUCCGUUCCCCGACCCGGCGGCGCCUACCUCCUCUUCUCCUGCUCCGCCUCUGGCUCCGGCACCUCCUGGGGAACCCUCUCCCGGAUCGGGUGACAUUGCCCCGGGGAUUAACCGGGACGGGGCCGCCGUUCCCAACGGCCAUGGCAAAGACUGGGCCAUGGUUGCCGUUCAGAAGGCUGAGAAGGCAAAGAAGCGCAGGGCCAGGAGCGAACUGCGGCGGCAGCUUGCGUCAGAGCUUGAUCAGGUGCGUAUGCUCUCCAAGCGACUGAAGGCUGCUGCUGAGACCUUGGCGCAACAGGAGGAUUCAGUGCCCAUGCCUCUGGCUAUGAUGCUGCCGCCGUCACAGGUGGUGGAUGCUAGAUACAUUCGCUCACAGUUCUCACCCACCGGUCCAGUGACGCCCAUUCCUGCCCAGGCUGCGUUUGCCCCUUUUCGCUCACUGCCGCCGCAGGCGCCACUAACUGUGUCGGUGGUUCACACAGAACCCUUCGAGGUGGAGAAGCGGACACCUAAGGCGAAUCAGUUGUACCAAAACUCAGAGUUCUUGCUUGCCAAGGAUAAGUUCCCACCUGCGGACACACAUGGACGCAAGAAACCAAAGCACCACAAGAAGAAGAACAGGUCUCUAGAACCUCGUGGUGCAGACUUUGAUGCUGAGCGGAGGCUAUACUCUCAUGCGUUCAAGAAGUCCUCAUCACUUCUGAGCCGGCUAAUGAAGCACAAAUUUGCAUGGGUGUUUAACAAGCCUGUCGAUGCAGUUGGACUUGGCUUGCAUGAUUAUUUUGAAAUUAUCAGGCACCCAAUGGAUCUUGGAACGAUCAGGGGGCGACUCAGCCAUGGUCAGUACAGGAACCCGAAGGAGUUUGCUGAGGAUGUGAGGCUCACUUUCCAGAAUGCCAUGACAUAUAACCCCAAGGGGCAUGAUGUUCAUAUCAUGGCCGAGCAGUUGCUAGGGAUAUUUGAGGCGCAGUGGCCUGAGAUCGAGGCAAAGGUUAAUUAUCUUGCAUUGUGCCCACCAUUGCCAAAGAAAUUUCCACCUCCUCCAAUUGACUUGCGUCUCCUAGAGAGGUCAGAUUCUGUGAAACACCAUGUGGCGUUGGAAUCCAAUUCAAGGCCAAUAAGUCAUACUCCCACCCGGCCACCAUCAAUGAAGAAACCAAGGGCAAAGGAUGCAAAUAAGAGAGACAUGACAAUGGACGAGAAGCGUAAACUUAGCGAGAACCUCCAGAACUUGCCUCCAGAGAAGCUUGACGCAGUUGUUCAGCUCAUUAAGAACAAGAAUUUGACAGUUAGGCAGCAUGAUGAUGAGAUUGAGGUUGAAAUUGAUAGCAUGGAUGCUGAAACUCUUUGGGAGCUUGAUAGGUUUGUGUCUAACUACAAGAAAAACCUUAGCAAGCAAAAGCGAAGGGCUGAGCGUGCAAUGCUUGCAAGACAAGAUGCAGAGUUGCGUGCACAGCAUUCUGUACAGCAACUACUGGCUGAAGAGCGUAACACUGGUGAAAAAUCUCCAAAGCAAAAUGUGAUGGUGGGUGGGCAAUUAGCAUCUUCUGCGCCAAAUCAAAAUGAUAACAAUGGACAUGUGGCAAGUAGGUCAAACAGUUCUAGCGGCUCCAGCAGUGAUUCAGGCUCGUCUUCUAGUGACUCAGACAGUGAUAGUUCUUCUUCAGAUGGAUCGGAUGCUGCCAAUUUGUCUUGAAAUAUAGGUUCAGGUGCUUGCUGCGUAGACCAUAACUCAAGAAUUUUAUUGGCUUGCCAAUGGCAGUUAGGUUGUACAUGUUUAUCCCCCUCUUUUAGGAAAAACUCCUAGGUAGCUGCUAAUGUGAGGUUGCCAUUGGAAGCCAGAAAAGGGGCAAUGCUUCUGAUGUUGACGCUUCCAUAAUGAGUGUGAAGCAUAUGUGCUGGUGUAUGAUGGGUGUAGUCCCUCCCUCCCUCCCCUCCUCCAAGCUUUUCUUUGCUGAUUGUGCAACACUAGGUAAUUUUUUCUGACUUGUAGUGGCUAGAAUUUGGUUAGCCGACACCAAUCUGGUUGGCAGUUGGCACACUUCUUUCAUCCUUGCACCAUUUUUUGAUUGGCUCGUUUAGUUCAAUUUUGUAUCUGGUCGCCUAAAAAAUGUGGCUGGCACAAAAUCAGGGAAAACUGAGGUAAGUGUCCAAAGUUGCAGUCCUUAUCUUAUUCUUUCUUCAAAGUCAGGCGGUAAGAACAAUUUCCAAAAAAUAGAGUGACCCAUGCUUUGAUGAUCA